AAUGGGGCGGGAUCCAUGUUGAGACUCCCUUCUCGUGUUUGUGUUUUCCCCUCCAGGAUCCUGAUACGUGGCUGUUUUGGGAAAGCCGUAGUGACUUCCCUGCCUGCCCGCAGCAGCUGUAGCAGCUGGGAGUCUGGCGGAGCUCAGCGGCUCAAGCCUGACCUCAUCAAGCUGGCCUGGAUGGCAGGGAUACACUGGUGCACAGACUGCCGAAACCACAAGGACUACUGGUUGCAAGUAAUUUUUGGACCUUGGAACGGAUGAAAGGUGGAAACUAUUGGAAGCCCAGCUGGGCUGUAGCUGCUCUGUUUGUCCCUGUUACCCUGCUGAUGCUGACCUUCAGGGGGGCGUCAAGCAGCCAGAAGAUGAUUCAAACCGCUAUGUCUCAAGCAACAGCCACAGCUGCAGGAUCAGGCCCCAGCCUGACAGAUGACCUCCCUGGCUUCAAGGCAGUAGCAGACUUUUUAGCCAGUGAGCACACACAUGUCUGGCUCCUGUCCCUGGUGGGCUCUGUUGCUGUAGGCCUCAGUGGGAUUUUUCCCCUGCUUGUUCUUCCUAUUGAAGCUGGAGCAGCCCUCAAAACAGAAGCUGGAUGUCAGAAGCUAAAGCAGCUCUUGAGCUUUGCUAUUGGUGGUCUCCUUGGUGAUGUAUUUCUUCACCUCCUUCCUGAGGCAUGGGCACUCUCCUGCUGUUCAGCUGGUAAACAAAACCAGUACAUGACCCAGGGCUUGUGGGUAAUCAUCGGUCUGCUGGCCUUCCUCCUGCUGGAGAAAAUGUUCCCAGACCACGACAGCCUUGAGGAUCCCACCUCAGAUUCAGACCUGAAUUUUAACCUGUCUACACAGUCUAAUUCUGCUUUCGGUGGAAAAGCUGUGGCAUCACUCAGAAAUGGACACCAUACUGAGUCAUGGAAAUCCUCCAAGCAACAAAGUCUGCAGGGUAGAUCAGAGAAAAUCAAGAUAAGUGGGUACCUUAACCUGCUGGCCAACUGCAUUGACAACUUCACUCAUGGACUGGCAGUAGCCGGGAGUUUCCUGGUUAGCAAGAAGGUUGGGUUCCUUACUACCUUUGCCAUCCUGCUUCAUGAAAUCCCCCAUGAGGUGGGAGACUUUGCCAUUCUGCUGAGGGCAGGGUUCGAUCGCUGGAGCGCCGCUCGCAUGCAGCUGUCUACAGCACUGGUCGGGGUCUUGGGGGCUUGUUUCGCUCUGUGUGUUCAAUCUCCAAAAGGCACAGAAAGCACCAGUAGCUGGAUAUUGCCUUUCACUGCUGGAGGCUUCCUCUACAUAGCCUUAGUGAAUGUGAUGCCUGACCUCCUUCAGGAGUCCAGUUUAAGACAAUCUCUACAGCAAAUACUGCUCAUUCUAUGUGGUGUGGCCAUCAUGGCGCUGCUCUCUGUCAUUGUUGACUGAACAUGGACGAACAUCUGUCUGGCCUUACCAAAUACCCACCACUCAUUUUUGUUACCCAUCAUUCAUGGAAACAUUUUAAUUAGGAGGUUUUAAGAGAUUAACGAAAUGUCACACUAAUGCAAAUAUGUAACAAGGAACAGCACUUUAUGGAGGGAUGGCUGAAAGGAAGACUCUCGAUCAGCUGACUGGACUUUUAUGUGUGGACACUUGAAAAAUGUGCCCCACGUAAUUAUCAGGGGAGGAUCAAGAGGAUUUGUAUUAAAUGUUACCAAACUGUCUUUCUGACGAUCAUGAUGUGUUACACAAGUAUUUACACAGGUACACUUUAUUGUACAAUCACAACAAUAAUUCCAUUUUUUUUAAACACACCUGCUUUUACUGGCCCUGUGCAUGGACCUUCUUUUCACUAUGUGUUCCAACCCAAAUUAUGUAUAUACUGUAUGUGUGGUUACUUUAGUGCAUUCUCUGUUUCUGAUGUUGCUUCUUCAUAUUUAUUGAAAAUGAAAACGGUUAAAUUUACUCCCAUUAUUUUGCAUUUUAUAAAAAUAAGUGCCAAGAGGUCAAGUUGAUCAUAUCCACACCAAAGUACCUUUUUAUCUGUUUUUCUUCCUCUUACUUAAUAAUCUGCACCUUCCGAGCAUGUCUUGAUGCUCACAAAAUCUGUUUUAAAGAAAUUAUUGAUGUGGGUUAAUAUUUAGUUUUGACUUGAUAUUUGUUAAUAACAAUAUUUUGAAGACUAGAGACGAUAGCAACUCUUAGAAAGUUGACCACAAGGGAUUAUUCAUGUGAUGUUGUUUUACUCCUUAUGAAAUAAACUUUAAAUUUUAGA